GAAGUAAGGACCUUAAAAGCUGAACAAAAAGUCAUGGAAAAAAAAUAGAGAUCCUUGUAGAAGCUUCUUCGGAGCAAACAGCCUCCAUUAAAGGGAUGACCAAGGACCAUGGACAGAUGCAGAAGUUGGCAUGUCAAUUUCCUAUUCAGACCGUAGAUGAUCUGAUUGAGGUUAAUUCGAAUAUAAACAUCGCUAACCGAGAGCUCUAUAUCCAUGCAAUAAAAAAUUUAAUAUUAAAUGGCGGGAUACUAAAAAACUUAAAAAAUAUUUUAGCCAAUGAAGUGGUCUUGGCGUAUAAUGUGGAUGGCGUUCAGCGCAAAGCGUCCUUAAGAAAAGAAGACAAUUUCUUUGGCGUUAUGAUCGAUGCAAUAACUGCAGUCGGCGGUAUUGGCCCAGCUGAGGAACAAUUGAGAAAGGCCCUGCAGCUCCAAAAAAAGAGAUAUUUUAAAAACUCGUGCUGCCUAAAAGCAAUUAAAGAACAAACCCCAAUAGAAUAA